UUCAUAUGGAAUAAAUACGAUUGGAUGCAUUAGCUACAAACGCUUUCACAAAGACCAUUUUAAAACUUCAUAAAACGUUUGUCGUCACAGCUGACAGCCUUACACUUUAUUGUGGCCAUUAGUCGUAUGGACUUUACACCAGAAGCAGCCUACUACAACUUUAAGAAAUAAAUGACUUUUUUUUCGCUUCUGCAGGAAAUCACAUGGAGGUGCUCUUGCGCUCACAUGACAGUCCGAGCCAUGGCUGAAGAGAUCAAUGAAGGCUCAGUUCCUUCUUAUUACAGAGAGGUGUACGAGGCCGUCUGCUGCCCAAACGAUGAGAGAGUUCUGGGUGAAGUGUUUCAAAGGUUACUCGAAAGCACGAAACUGUCCAAGGCAAUUCAAACCCAGAUCGCCCAACACGUUGACGCGGGCGCCGAUGGAUCCCUGAGCAAGCUGUCGCUCUACAAAGCGCUCGCUUUAAUCGCUGCCGCCCAGCAAGGAAAGCAGCCGGGUCCCAAAGUCUUGGAGAACUACAUAAAAGAGUUUCCAAAGCCUCAGCUGGGGGAGCCAAGUGAGUUGCGCGCGCUGAGGAUGCAGGAAGCUGAGCAGGACGUGCUGACGCUGUCCCUAAACCUGGACAGGCUGCUGAACAGAGAUGCGGUCAAGGUGGAGCUCAUACCGGAGAAGAAAGGCCUGUUCCUCAAGCAUGUGGAGUACCAGGUCACCACCCUGCGUUACAAAAUGUCCGUUUAUCGACGCUACAGCGACUUCGACGUCUUCCACGAGAUCCUGCUUCAGAAAUUCGCCUACAGAGUUGUGCCUUCGCUUCCGCCCAAAAGAAUGUUGAAAGGAGUCCUGACGUCGGUUUCCGAGCGGGAUUUCAUCGAGGCGAGGAGGCGCGCGCUGGGCAGAUUCCUCAACUUGGUGGCGCAGCACCCUUUCUUCUCAGAGGAUGAGCUGGUCAAGACCUUCUUCACCUUCAGCGGCUCUGAUGUCCAGAUAAGGCUGCGUGAUGGUUACAAGAAAACAGGCGACGAGUUCAUGACAAACAAAAACGCAACUCUGGCAAAGGAAUACCUCCCUGCCGACAUCCAGGCACAGUUCUCGGUGAGCAGAGAGCUGAUCAAGAACAUCCACAACAGCUUCUGCAAGCUGCGCGAGCGAGCCGAGAGGAUCGCCGAGCGUUCCAAGGGGAACGCCAGUGACCUCCUCAUGUUUGGCAGGGAGCUCAGCACGCUGAGCUCCGACACGUCGUCCCUUCCGUCGCUGGCCUCGUCACAGAGUACAUGGAGCCGUCUGUGUCAGUCUCUCAAAAGUCUAUCGGUGGAAUUUGCCGUGCUCUCGGAUAAAGCGGCUCAGCAGUGCAGGCGGGAAGAGGAUGACGUCGUGGAAAGGCUGAAUCUUUUCCUGGAUUUGCUGCAGUCGUACAGAGACUUGUGCGAGCGCCACGAGAAGGGCGUGCUCCACGAGCAUCAGCGGGCGCUUUACAAGUACAGCGUGAUGAAGAGGCAGAUGAUGAGCACCACCGUGCAGCCCAAAGAGCACGCAUCCAUGGAGCAGCUCGAAUCGCGGAUUGUUCAGCAAGAGACUGCCAUACAGAUCAUGGAGUUGCGGAAUUACUUUUCUCUGUUCUGCCUCCACCAAGAGACGCAGCUCAUCUUCACCUACUUGCCAAUCACCUCCCACAUCCUGGGAGCCUUUGUCAACUCCCAGGUGCAAGGACACCGAGAGAUGGGCGCGGUGUGGAAUGAACUCCAGCCCAAGCUCAGCUGCCUCUUCGUUGAAAACAACGGCUUGAAACCCGCCCUCGAAUAAAUGGGUUCGUGACGCAAAAGGGAAACUGGGCGGGGUUUAAAAAGAAAAAAAAAGCUUUCAAUUGCACAGCACACAUUUCACUACAAGUGGUUUUUCCUACCACUCUCCAUUUGGGUUUAUUAGGUUUGGCCUUUUGACAUUUUGGCUGUCGGCUAAUGCUCCCAAUGUCCAAAUUAAACUUUUACUGCCAACUCGGAAGGAAAUUCUCCAGGCUGUAAGGGACCAGGUAGCACAGUGGACAUUCCUGCCCUUUAUGUUCUUAAGUUAUUGCAUAACAAGUGGAGGGAAUAAAAUCGAGUAUUUUACUUUAUUUAAAUCCUGGGAACACUGUUUAUUUUUGCUCCCAGAAUUCCGAUAUUUGAUACAGAUGAUACACAUCUUUAUCUGUUUGCUUCCCAUUUUGCCGCCUUGUUUUAUGCAGUUUGCUCAUCGUUGACAUGACAACUCCCACAUGCUUUGGUUGAAAAGCUAAUUCAAGGGGCCGACGCUCCAACAUGCACAAUACCGUUUCAACGCGAGCUGAGCUUUGGAAUGACACUACACUUCUCACUCCAGAUGUGCAAUAUGUAAAGUAUGAAUCCGACCAACCAGGUGAUGAGUUUCAAAGCUGUUUUGGAACACUUUUAUUCUUAUAAAAAAACAAAAAGACACCUCCUG